CUUUUCAAACUUCUCUUCUGCGCAAACCUUCUUUCUUUCUUCUGGGGUUUUAACAUUCACCGGCGGAAUAUGGCGGUACCGGGAAGGCGCAACGGCAUGAUGGACGACGACGACGAAGAAGACGGAAUCCUCAUCUUAGAAGAAGACGCGUUGCCGGAAUCUGAUUUCGAAGACACCCCUCCCCACCUCGGCGACCUCGCCGCCGCCGCCAAACAUGGCAACGUUGAUGCACUUCGUCAAGCUCUUGAUAAUUUGGAUGGAAGCAUCGAUGAACCAGUUGAAGAUGGUGAUACUGCUCUUCAUCUCACCUGCCUCUAUGGCCAUUUAUCUUGUGUUCAACUAUUGUUGGAAAGAGGAGCUUCAGUAGAGGCUAAGGAUGAAGAUGGUGGGAUUCCUCUUCAUGAUGCUUGUGCUGGAGGGUAUUUGGAAAUAGUUCAACUCUUGAUUGGUAAAGCCGAUUCUCGUGAUUGUUUAAAGAGAAUGCUUGAAUCAGUUGAUGUAGAAGGUGACACUCCUCUUCAUCAUGCUGCUAGAGGUGAACAUGAAGAAAUUGUUGGAUUGUUGCUUUCAAUUGGGGCUUCACCUACCAAGACAAAUGUGUAUGGAAAGAAACCAGGAGAGCUAGCUGAGGUGGAUACAGGAGCUUGGAAUGUUUUACACUCUGCAAUGGCUUCAUAAAAUGUAAUGGUAACAUUUUAAAUUAUUGAUUUGGUUUUUUGCUAGAGGGUAUUUUUGUCUUUCAUUCCCAAAACAUUGUAUGAUUAAGUGGAUUUUUU